AUGUGCUUCUACGCGACAUAUAAUCCCAGCGGAGGAGGUUUUAGCUACAAAGAUGCAUUACACAAACGAGAAAACAGACAUGAUAAAUACGCUGUGUGGCUCAUAAAUUCUGGAACGGUGUCACCAGUGAUAUGUCCCUCGGCUAAAAAUGUACCGGGGUUGGAGAGGUUGGAGAAUGGACAAGUUCAACAUCAUGCAAUUCUCUUUGGAAUUGUUUGCAUCGGUCUGCUUUUCCACAUUGUUUUAUUUUCUAUCUAUCUAUCUAUCUAUCUAUCUAUCUAUCUAUCUCUGAUUCGUUUUUAUAAACGCCAUUCUUAUUCUUGUCCCCUCUCUCUCUUUUUCUGUUCCCAUCUCUCUCUCUCUCUCUCUCUCUCUUUCUCCCACCCUCCAUAUUUAUCAUCUUUUUCUUUCCCGUUUUUCAUCUAUCUCUUUAUCACUAGUCUAUCUUCUUUUUUUCUUUUCAUUUCUCUUCUUUUAAUGUCUUUCUUCGUCUCGUCCUUUUUCUUUCACUCCUAUUUGCCGCUCGUCUUUUUUACUUUCCAUGUUCUACUCUUUGUAUCUUUUUUCUCUCUUCCUCUCUUUCUUCUCUCCCCUCUUGUUCUCUUUUCAUUUUUCAUUUCUUUUUCUAACUUUCUAUCUUUCACUUUAAUUUUCAUUCUCUCUCCCUCUUCAUCUGUCUGUGUGUCUCCUACGUACACAUACACACUUGUCUCCAUUUCAACACCUCCCUUUUUGUUUAUCUCACACACUGCCUCUCACGUUUUUUAUCACCUUCUCCUUUUUCUUCUUCCUUUUCUAUCUCUCUCUCUCUCUCUAUAUAUAUAUAUAUAUAUAUAUAUAUAUAUAUAUAUAUGCUCUUCUCCCGUCUUCUUUUCACAUUUUCAUCUCUCUUUUCUCCUUCUCUUCUCUUACCCUCUCCCUCAUUCUAUUUCCUCCUCUUUCUUUCAAUUCUCUUAUCCUCUCUCACUUUUCCCUCUCAUUCUCUUUUACCUUUUCUACUCUCUUCCUAAUCUCUCUUAA